CAGGAGGCAAAUCCUUCGGACUCGCUGUCCAAAGUCUCCAAAGUCGAGCAGUCCAAGCGUUGCAAGAGUCGGCCUUCUGUGGGAGCCACUGCUGAGAGGGGAAAGAUGAUAAAAACUCCUAAACAGGAGUUUAUAAUCGAGAGCCCUAGCGAUUUAGGAAAACAGGACGCGAAGCUUCUUCCAAUUCAGAUUGUUCUGCCGAGAACUUUGCGGCGACAUCUGCAGGAUCACAAGGAUCGCAUCGAGAACCUCCAACUCACAAGACUUCCCAAGAAACCCAGCGUGGAGGACAUUCUGAAAUUGUAUCAAGACCACAGGAUGCUCAAGAGAGGAAAAGCUGAGAGGAUUGACGUCGAGGUUUCAAACGGCCUGCGGUAUUACUUCGACAGAACUCUCAAGAACUUGCUCUUGUACCCGGCAGAACGGAAGCAAUAUGCAACCUUGCUUUCGCUCAACAGCGACGUUGUACCGUCCACGAUCUAUGGAGCCGAGCAUUUGCUUCGUCUCUUCCCCAAACUCCCGGAGCUUCUCGUGUAUGAUCAGCUCAAAGAGAAAGAGGUGUCCGAGCUCGAAGACAAAGUGAUGGAGAUAAUGCUAUUCAUUGAGCAAAACGAGACGCAGUUCCUGUGUGCUUAAUCGAACCAUAGACGUAUCAGGUGGUGAAACGAUCGCCAAACGGUGAAGGGUUCGCUUUCAUCGUUUCAUGAUGUGGUAGCUUGUGGAUUUUGUAAUUUUAUGGUUAUAGCACUCUCGCGCGAGCGACGAGCUACUGGAAACUAGAUAGCUUUUCACUGAUGCCAUUAACAAUUCUCAGUGAAUUGACGGACUUUUGGCUCGAGAACAAAGCUGCUAGCGAUCGAAAAUCAUUGCACGAGAGGAGUGUGGCUCCCUCUCUUGCUA